UAGUGAGCUGCUUUCUGGUUGUUGUUGUGUAAAGGUCCGACAGCAUGGUCGUGGUGUCUGUCCCAUCUCAUGCAAGACGACAACACAAGAUCGAGUAGAGUUUUUCAUUCUGACUCUUUUAUGCGCCGCGGAUAAAGAAAAGAAAAUUAUGAUUAUCCUCGGAGCAGUAGUUUUUUUUUGUUUCUAUUGUAGUUCGUUGUACUAUACACAUCAACAAAGUUCGCGCUACACUUGUUCCACACAGAAGCAGAACACCCAAAAUCUUUUUUUUUCCCUCAUCUCCUGCUUCUUUUAGUCGCGAAGAUGUUGAAGAUGAUUCUCUCCGUGCUGAUGUGGUUUCACCUCGCAGGCGUCGUCGAGCGAGCCGCUAGCUCCGUUGUUGUCCUGGAUGCGGAGGCCAACUCUUUUCUGAGCGUGAGCAACAUGCAGAGCGUCGGUCGGGAAAUGAGCAAGGUUGCCGGCGCGCAAAAGGACAACGUCAAAAAUGCGGCUUCUUUUGCGGAAAAAGAUGGAGACGAGGAAGAUGGUCACGAUUCCACCGGUCCACCAUCAGGAGAAGACUUGGCAUCUGUUGAAACGGAGGACAAGCAGCUGCCGUCUUCCAAGCCUGCCGAGAAGGUUGGGGCUGCCGCCGCUUCUGAGAAAAAGGUCAAAAAAGUGAGAUUCGCGGACGAGGUGGAACAAGAUCAAGAGAAGACUGACGCUGCCACCAGCACCACAUCAGCUGAGGAAAAGACCACGGAGCAAAAAACGUCGAGCGGUUCCGGCACGGCAGCGGCCGGGGCUGGUGCACACGAAGAAGCCGAAGCCACGGCGGAGACCAGCACUGAUGAAACUGACGAGACGUCGACCCACAAGGUGGGGCUCGGGCACCACGUGGUCAGUGCCGCGCGCGAUGUGCUGACCACAGCCGUCGAAGCGCAUGCGAACCACCAGGCGGUGGUUGCGCAAGGGUACUUUUUAGAAAUAUCACGCUAAAGAUUAAAAAGAUUCAAGAAGGGUAAUGUGAAUGAAUAUACUUAGUUGUCAUGAUAAAGACCACCACGACUUUAUUGCACGAAGAUGCCCACCCAAAUCUUGAUCUUCUAACAGGUGCUGUGGCACGCCGCCUCAUCUGACGUCGCAGGUCGAUGAAAAUGGCAAGCGCGUCUCCAACCCCAGUAGCGGUGUGGUGACCUUGGGUGGCUACUACGGUUGGUGGCUGCAACACCAGUGCUGCAUGAUGUCCAUUUUUCUGAUUUUCCUGGUCACGAUGCUCUUGUGCCUCAUGUGCUUGAUCCACGAUUGCCAGCACGGGCAUUGGAAAAGCGGGGGAGGGCCGCGUGUGGUGUACGACGACUAUGGGUACUAUGCAAUACAAAUUUCCCUUACAUGUACGAAAUGCAUCACAAAUUUCACCAAUUUGGAGCGUAAAACUUGCCAUGCUAAACUAGGAUCGAAGUCAAGUUUUCUCAUGCAGAGACUGCAUUUCUACGUGUGCGGAAAAUUUCCUGUGGAUAGGUAUGCCUACACCACCUACGAUGACGACGACCACCGCGGCUAUUUCUGUUGCGGCCUCCUGCACGGGAACAGCAGCGCCUCCAUGCUGCUCCUCAUCUGCGCGGGGUCGGUGUUGUGCUUUUUGUUGUUUCCCAUGGUCCUCAUGCCCGCUCUGAACAUUAACGCGUGCGGAACGGGGCCGGCGGGUUGCAAUCGCGGGAUUCCGGGGUGCCUCUGCAAGUACAACUGAAGACAAAGACUGGAGGAGGAAGAUAUGAAGAGGUGAGCGGGAUGAAGAACUACGGACAUGAGGGUCUUGUACUACAACCGAAAAAAUGCAAGAGGAACUGAUGACCGACGUCGGAUUGCUGUAUCUUCUACAAAAUAUAUUUCACACCGCACAGAAAAAGAAUUUCAAUUUGAGUUUCAACUUUUUACACUUUCUGAAGUCGCGGACGUUUCUAUGGAAGGUUAAGUGUUACUUUCCUGCUCAUUCACGAUAUGACAUUUUUUUGCGUUUCCUAAAGCACUCACACACUUCAAUUGUUUCUGUUUUAUUGGCCUGUUGAAAUCUUCGCAGCGGAUGCUUUGUUUCAGAAUAACCACGAACACCAGCAGCGUCUGGACUACUUAACUACGUGAAAUUAGCAUUGUUCCUGUCUCCAAUAAUUCUAUGCGUCCUUCAAACUUGUUGCUGUUGGUGUCGUAAUGUGUCAGUGUGUGGAUUUCUAUCUACAGACUAGGAGAACAAGAACAUAGAUGUAGACCACUGUAGUUUCUGUUGGACAAGUCUAUAGUCACUUCACUUCAUCGGGCUCCCUUUAUCUCGUUGCCUCGCUUUGAAAAU